CAUAUAAUUUCUUUUUAAAAUUCCUAGUGUCAUAUUUUAUAAAUGAAAGGAAUACAAAUGAAAAAGAUAGCAGCGCAAACCGGAACCAACAGAAAUUGAGGUUUUUAUUUAAAAAUAAGUCGCCAUCAAUGAUCAAAAGGAUAAACGAAAACAACUGCAAAUAAACUGCAAAAAAUAAACCAGAAACAGAACCACAACUACUAUAAACUACCUUACAUAGAAAGCUCCCCCCAUCCCCAAAGCCAAUAACACUUAAAAAUGCAACCUCCGGAAAAUCAAGCUGUUCAAUUAAUUGCUCAAUAUCAGAUUUUAAAUUUUUAUGAAAUUUUACGAAGUCGCAUCUGAUGUCGUUUGAAACGACCCCAAGGAAAAGGCAAAAAAAAAGCUACGAGAAAGGAUUAUUAUAAGUGACCAGGACAACGAUACGCUCUCCCUCUCUCUCUCUCUCUAAUUUGUUCGAUUUUGGUUUGCUGGAAAACGGAAGGGAGUUGGUUGUAAAUUUGCAUUAACAACAAUUAAGUAAAGUCGACUAAAAACAACAACAACCACAACAUUUAUAGAAGCAACAACAAAAAGUCAUUAGAGAAACAAAAAACCACUCCUGCAAUAAUUGAGGAAGGAUUACUGCAGUGGCCCACACGAUUUCGAAAGAACAACUGCCCAAACCAGGAAACCAGCAAAACUAACCAAACACACACACACACAACAACACAGUGACACAUACAUACCCACACACAAUUACACUGACACCCCAAUUAAUCCAAAACAACCAGCCAGCCAAGCUACCCCACCCCCCAAAACAACAGUCUGGCCAAGGACAAGGAUUACAGCCCCAAUCAAGCUUCAUUCACCAAUACCACCACCCUCCCCGGCACCACCACCACCACCAUGGCCAUCAAUAUUUUGGAUUACGACCACUAUGCCAUCAGUGCCAUUGUCACCGUCAGCAUGCAGAUCUUCUUCUUCCUCAUCAAUUCGAUACUGCAGCUGGACAAAUUAACAGAUUUUGCCGGUGGUGUUAAUUUCAUCAUCAUUUCGUUGUUAACGUUUUUCCUCGGCCAAAUAGAUCGUCCGUCAAAGGCCUAUGAUAGCCGCCAAUUGAUGGUCACAUUAUUCGUAUGCCUUUGGGGCGCCCGUCUAUCCGGUUAUCUGCUGUAUCGCAUUGUCAAACUGGGCCGAGACAAACAAUUCGAUGAUACACGUCGCAACAUCAUACGAUAUGCGGUCUUUUGGACAUUUCAGGCUGUUUGGGUUUAUAUUGUCUCGCUGCCGGUUAUUAUCAUCAAUUCGCCACGUCAUUCCCAGCCCAAUGCUCCGAAAACAAUGACAACAUUGGAUUCCGCCGGCACAGGCAUGUUCAUUGUGGGCCUGCUGGCCGAAACCUAUGCCGAUUUGCAGAAAUUCUCAUUUCGCCAGGAUCCCGCCAAUCAGGGGAAAUUCUGUAAUGAUGGCCUUUGGCGUCUCUCCCGUCAUCCCAACUAUUUUGGUGAGGUUGUCAUAUGGUGGGGUAUAUUUGCCAUAUCCCUGAAUGUUAUAUCCGGCCAUGAAUGGGUGGCCAUUGCCUCACCGAUAUUUACCACAUUCAUUAUUCUCUUCUUGUCGGGCAUACCUUUGAGAGAAAGAUCGGCUGAUGAAAAAUAUAGAGAUCAACUGGAAUAUCGUAAAUACAAAGCCUCCACCUCACCGCUGAUACCCGUACCGCCUGCCAUCUACGUCGAAGUCCCAGCCGCAUUAAAAUUCAUACUCUGCUGUGAGUUUCCCAUCUACGACACGAUGCAAAUACAGAAGGACAUUAGCCCCUAUUCACUGUCCAUCGCCCGUUCACAUUCGCACAUAUAGCAGUCAAUUGCCCACUCCGGCAGUGGGCAACCCGUCCAUGGCGGCACUGUGGGCCAUAGUCUGCAUAAAUAUGGUGAAUCUGGGUCGGUGCAUAGGGGUCAUUGUUAUGGUGCUAAUGGAGGUGAUCCUGAGAAUCACAUGAAUUGUGGCGGCAGUUGUCGUAAUUCCUAUGUGAAGAGUGCCAAUCCGUAUCAGAAUGGCUCAGGAUAUGCCGCCAGUUAUGCCUGUAAUCCCAAUGAUAUGUCGUCGCAUCAUUCGUUUCAUCAUUCGACCACCGCACACUACAAUCAGUCGCAACAGCUACAACAGCAACAGCAUUAUCACAAUCCAUCCCAUCACCAUCAUCCGCAUCCGCAUCAUCAUCAUCAGCACCAGCAAUUAGUGGCCACCACCACCAACAACAACAAUAAUCACAACAAAUCGCUAGACGGCGAUGAUGACACCGAUGAUGGUAUCAUUUAUAUGCCGGGACCAGCAUCUUCCAAGAAACAGCCACACUAUUUCCCGGCACCCACCCAGCCCAUGGACACCUUUGAGGAACCCUCUUCGUCCAUCAUCGAUGUUGACGAACAGGGUGAGGGUGAUGUGCCAGCGGACUAUGAUGAGGACAUACCUCCGAUCGAUCUGAGUAAACCGCCCAGUUUGCAAAGUUUUACGAACAACAUUCGAACCGAGAAGGAAGUACAAAUUAAUGCCGAUGGUAAACCGAUUACGGUAACGACAAUAUUGUGAUUUCAUUUCUCAGCGCUGUUACUAAACCCGAGGCUCGUCUGCGUCACCUUUAGCGUUGGCGGCCGCGUCAGCGUCGACGUCAUCAUUAUUGUAAUAAGUGUAAUGCGAUUAAUUGACGUUACGACAAUUGACCGUAACCCAAAAUGUAAAGACGUUAAUUGUUUAUAACACGCAACAUACAUUCCUAUGCAUGUAUGUAUGUAUGUGUGUGCGUGUAUGUAUGUAUGCAUGUUUUGUAUGCUUAGCCAUUUAGCCAAUCACCUGCAAUCGGAUGAUUGAUUGUUCAAAACUCACACACACACAGGAUAAGGAAGAAAAUCAUGUACAAGUGGGGGAAGGAAUGGUAUGCAUGGAGAAUUGUUUUAAAAGAUUUGAAAAAAAAAAAAAAUAUUGAAAUAAUUUAUAUAUUUGUUUCAGUAAAACGCCAAGUUAGUUAAGCAAGACACAGAACUUAAGCUCAGCGAUUUUUAAGUUUCAAUUAUUUAUUUGUUUUUUACAAAAGACAGACAGCAUUAAUGACAAACACGUAUUAAGGGAAAUAGUUCAUAUAUACAUAUGUACCAAAAAAUAUGUUAAAAUGGAACACCUUGGAUCAUCAGAUAAAUGGCUGGAAUGUGGAGGAGAUAUUUACAUCACGGAUUCACAAGCAGAGAAUAAUUAUUUUUUCAGGUAAAUUCAUUUUCGGGUAGAUAGUUCGGUUGCUGCUGUUAAGUGAAUUUGAAAACUAUUUUAUAUCCCAAUACAAGCCUCUUUUAGACCAUAAAGUCUAACCUCCUUCAGGUCCCGCAGGUAUUAUAACUUGUUGUAAUUUUUCUUCUCAAAAAAAUUUUUGCUGUCAGUUUGGGAAAAUCUAACUUUGGGGCUAUAGAUACAUAUUUUUUUAGAAAAAAAAUUAAUUUUUUUGCCCAAUAGAUUACUUUAAGGCUUUCGGUUAAAGACCUAAUGAGUAAAUUUACGCAACUCUUAAAAAUAUACUUUAUUUUUACGGAUUUCACACACAAUGUUAUACCAACAUUAGGUGUGUUCGAUAACUUUUCCACUAAAAAUUACUCAGAUAGUUUGGCUCCUGCUGUUAUGUGAAUUUAUGAACUUUCUGGCCGGAAGCUCUAACCUCCUUCUGUUCAUAAUUUUAAUAUUACAUUUCAUUGGAAAGACUUUUUUACAGGUUCCACAGGUUAGGUAUUGUAACUUGUUAUAUUUUUUUCUCAAUUUUUUUAUCUUUUUUUUUUUUUUUUGAAAUCCUAACUUUGGUGCUAUCGAUACAUAUUUUUUGAGAAAAACAUAAUUUUUUGCCCAAUAGAUAACUUUAAGCCUUUUGGCCUAAGAGCUUAUGAGGAUAUUCACGCAAAUCCUAAAAAUAGACUUUAUUUUUACGGAUUUCACUCACAAUGUUAUACUAACAUUAGGUGUGUUCGAUAACUUUUCCACUAAAAAUUACUCAGUGACUUGCACGAAGAGAAUUUUCUCUCUUACCUACAAAUAUUUGAAAAAGAUAGUAAUUAAAUUCAGCAAAAAAUCUGCUGCUUCCCAAAAUGUAAGGAUAUACUUUUUAAAAUUGUUGAGGAAAUCGAAUCAGAAUUGCGAUUUUUAUAAUGAAAAAUUAAUAGUAUAAUAUAUAAUGUGGUUACUUACCCUGUGAUAUUUUCCUACCCUGUCGAUCUAGCGAUGUCCGUCCGUUUGUCUGUCUGGCAGGUGCGCACGAUAACUCUCGAAGGGAGUAUCCGAAUUGGUCCAAACUGGGUAUAUCGUAAUAUUUUUGUCAAACUUAGAUCGAGUUGGGAGAUGGGCAAUAUCGGUUCACUCCUUCCGAUACCUCUCAAAAUUUCCAAAAAAUAUAUUUUUUGCGCAGAAAGAGAAAGGAUAAUUCGAUUUUGCUCCAACUUUGCAAAUCCAAAUAUAUGCAUCAGUGCUAGGUCAGGUGUGAAUAUGGACAAUAUCGGUCCACUCCAUCAUGUACCUCCCCCACAAAUUUUGAAUAAUUACAACUCUCAUAAAAUUUGAUGUAAGAGUCGAACUUUCUUCAAAUUACACACAUCACAAUAUUUAUUUUAACCCAAUGUCUGGUGUGAAGAUGGGAUAUAUAGGUCCCCUCUUUCUGGUACCCACCCCACAAAGGCCGACAUUUUAAUUUUUUUUUUUUUUUUUUUUUUUUUGCAGAGAAAGAGAAACGAUAAUCCGAUUUUGUCCCAACUUUGCAAAUCCUAAUAUUUGCGUCAGUUCUAGAUCAGGUACAAAUAUGGACAAUAUCGGUCCAGUCCAUCAAGUACAACUCUUAUAAAAUGUAAUGUAAGAGUCCGAUUGUCUUCAAAUUUCACACAUCACAAUAUUUUUAUUAGCCCAAGGUGUGGUGCCAAGGUGGAAUACAUCGGUCCACUCCUGCUGGUACCUCCAUCACAAAAUGUCAAAAUUUGCAAAAAAUGUAUUUUCUACACAGAAAGAGAAACUAUAAUCCGAUUUUGAUCCAACUUUGCAAAUCCUAAUAUUUGCGUUAGUUCUAGGUCAGGUGCAAAAAUGGAAAAUAUCGGUCCACUCCAUCAAGUGCCUCUCCCACAAAAUGUCGAAAUUUUGAAUAUCUCUUAAACUCAUAAAACUUGGCAUAUCUGAAUAUUUCUAUCAACACAGGAUCUGUUAUAAAGAUGGUAGAGAGCGAACCAUUUCUUCUGGAAAUUGCCCGACAAGGGGUCAAAGUUUUGAAUAACCAAAACGUUUUUAAAAUCCGAAAUAAUCAUCAGGUUAUCUUUAUAUUUCACACAUCUCAUUAUUUCCACUAACAGAAUAUCUGUUGUGAAGAUGGGAUAUAUCGGUCCAUUAUUUCUGGUACCUCCCUCACAAAGGUGUUAAAAUAUUGAAUAACUAUGAAGCUCAUAAAACGCGAAAUGAGCAUCCGAUCAUUUUUAAAGUUGGUACAUUCCAAUAUUGGUCCACUCCUUUUGGUACCUCCCUCACAAAGGGUCAACAUUUUUGAAUAUCCAGAAUUCUCCGAUUCUCUUCAAAUGUCACACAUUCUAAUAUUUUUAUUAAAAUAAGAUCUGGUGUGAAGAUGAAACACCACCCCGUCUGGUACCUCUCCCCCAAAAGGCUCAAACCCCCAUAAAGGGUUAACAGUUUGGAUAAUCAUAACGCAAGUCAAAAUAUAUUUAAAUAAACCUACAGGGGCUGAGGGUAUGUAUCUGUCGGCAAAACCGAUUGAUACUUUUUAACUUUUUUUUGGAAAUUUGCAGAUUCAAAUCGUUUGGAAUCCACGCAUGACAUUGUAUCAUUGGCAAUGCUACUGAUAAUAAUACGAGGAUCAUUUUCUUAAAAUAUUGUUGGCGGCCAAAAAAGGAUUUUUGACUCAUUUUUUUUUCCAAAAAAAAUGACUAAAAAUUCCCUUAAAACGGCAUCGUAGAGAGUCAAAAUAAUUUACAAAAUUAUUCAUUAUUAAAUUCUACUAUAGGUCCUAGAAGACAUCAAAAGUCUACAUCUUAUUAUUGUAAAUAUACAAAUGGGAACCUAUUUUAAUGCCGUGAAAUUUGCCAAGAAAAAUUAAGAAAAUGCAGAGAUGGCGAUGCUAAUUUGAAAUGACUUUACCUUCGUAUUUUGACUCUGCUAUGAAAUAAGACUUUUGCAUUUUGGGGCAAAAUAAAUUAAGCUUUGAUGCAAUUUAUUUCGUGAACAUUUUAGCCGUUUCCUAUUUCAAUUGAAAUUUUAAAAUUUAAAUUUUUAUUAGAAAAAAAUCUCCUCCACAUUCCAACCAUGUAUCUAGGUAUUGGUAAAGUGUUCUCUGGCUAUACUUUAUAGUAUCAUUGUUAUUUAUGCAUAUCAAAUGAAAAUCCAAUAAGUUGUUUUAUAUUUAAAUGACAUAACAAAAAUAGAAGAAAACUUGAAAUUAUUUUUAUUUAUUGUUGGUGUCUAUUAAAAAAAAUAAAGAAAUGUAUUAUCUAACAAAUAUAUUUAAGUACUGUAGAAAAAAAAACUUUGAUAUUAAUUUGUUUAUAAAUAAAAUACUACCUAAAAACAAGAUUUUUGCUCUUGUAAUAUUAACUCUUUAGCGACAAGUUUUAACACAAAAUGCUCAUUAGGUUCAACUACUGUAACCGCUGAAACAAAAAAAAAAAACAACUAUCUUCUGUCCACCCUCUAUUCCUAGAACUCGAAAUUUUUGUUAACUAUUACAACUACUAGAAGAAAUUCCUAUAACAAACCUAGCUUUCUCUUUUAUAAAUAUAAAUUGUUAAUAACUAUAGAAAUAUUUAAAUGAAGACGAAAAAGUAAUACCCUUGUUAAUUUUGAAUCAAUAGUUAUGAAUUUGAAAUGUUAACCUACUACUACUAAUUCAAUAUUGCUUUCAUUUUGUUUGUUAAUUUCAAAUUUCAACUCUAUGGAAGGCUUAAUAGAUGAAAAUUAAAAAAAAAAACAACUAUUUAAUAAAAAGUGCCAAAGUUUAUAAGAAAAUUAAAAAAUUAUUAUGGUUAAUUGUAGCGAAAAAGAAUUCUAAUUAAAUAUUCAUUUAAUGGGCUUGUUGGAUCUCUAAAAUAAAACUAAAUUGCUUUACUAAAAAAAGACAAAAGAACAAAAAAAUACAAAAAUAAAAUAAAAACUAACUUCAAAUGCUAUUAUAAAAAUAAAAUUAAUAACUAUAACUAAAUUGUACUACUUGUGCCUCAUCUAUAAAAUAAUAAAUAAAAAAAAAAAAACAAUAAAAAGAACAAGUAAAAAACAUUAAGUUCGGCUGGGCCGAACAUUCAAUACCCUCCACCUUAGGCUGAAGAAAAUAUGGUUAUAUAAAAAUAUCUGAAUUCAAGCGUGUUAAAUUAAAUUUAUCAAAAAAUCGUAAAGAGAGUGAGGCCGUUAUAUGGGGCCAUACCAAAACUGGAACCUCUCUGGGCAAUUUUAUACUUCAAGGAUUGCUAUCUGUCAAAUCUUCUAAGAUACCAAAUUUAAAACAAUUAUGUGGGUAAAUGUGACUAGGAUUAUCAAAAUACCGAAUAUCGGUUGGUAUAGUUAUAGGUGCGCUUUAGGAAAACGUGGAACUAAAUAUUCAAUGUUUUGCCACCGGAGCUAGAACUUAUUGUACCCUACAAAUAUCAAUUUGUAGACAAAUCCGUGGAAAAAAUGUGGCAAAAAUCCUCAAAAUACCGAAUAUCGGGAGGAGUCGCUAUAUGGAGGCUAUAGCAAAACGUGGACCUAUACCAUCAAUGUUUCGCCACACGAGCUAGAUCCCAUUAUGACCUACAUAUACCAAUUUCUAAACAAAUCCGUAAAAAAAAUGGAGCAAAAAUCAUCAAAAUACCGAAUAUCAUGAGGUACCGUUGUAUGGGUCUAUACCAAAACGUGGACCAAUACAUACAAUUUUUCGCCACACGUGCUAGAGCGCAUUAUGAACUACAAAUACCAAUUUUUAGACAAAUCCGUGGAAAAAUGUGGCAAAAAGCAUCAAAAUACCGAAUAUCGGGAGGUACCGCUGUAUGGGGUCUAUACCAAAACAUGAACCUAUACGUACAAUUUUUCGCCACACGCGCUAGAACCCAUUAAUAAACAUAAACAAAAGAUCUGUUAUAAAAUGAUACAGAUCGGAAUAUUUCUUCUGCUACCUGCUCCACACAGGGUUCAAGAUUUUUAAAAAUCAUUCCUACUGGUAUCUCCCUCACAAGAGUCAAAGUUUUUAAUAACCAAAACGAUCACAAAAUCGGAAAUAAGUAUUCCGCUCUCUUUUCAAAUUACACACAUCGCAAUAUUUUUAUUAACACAAGGUCUGAUGUGAAGAUGGUACUUCCCCCACAUAGGGUCAAAAUUUUUAAUAUCCAUGAGGCUCAUAAAACGCAAAAUUAACAUGCGAUUCAAUUCAGACUUGGUACAUCUCAAUAUUUCUAUCAACACAAUAUCUGUUAUAAAGAUGGAAGAGAUCGAACCAUUCCUUCUGGUACCUCCCCCACAAAAGGUCAAAGUUUUGAAUAACCAAAACGAUGAAACGAAAUCCAAAAUAAGCAUCCGGUUCUUUUCAAAUUACACACAUCGCAAUAUUUUUUAUAAUCCUAGCCCUGGUGUGAAAAUGGAAUAUAUCUGUCUCUUUAUUCUGGUACCUCCCUCUCUAAGCGUCAAAAUUGUGAUUAUCAAUGAUGCUCAUAAAACGCGAAAAUAAUAUCCGAUUCCAUUCAGACUUGGCACAUCUCAAUAUUUCCAUCAACGCAAGAUCUGUUAUAAAGAUAACAUUAUAAAAAUUAUAACCUACAAAUACCAAUUUUUAGACAAAUCCGUGAGAAAAUGUGCCAAAAAGCAUCAAAAUACCAAAUAUCGGGAGGUACCGUUAUAUGGCGGCUACACCAAAACGUGGAUCGAUAUAUCUCAUUUUCAAAUCCAACCAUACUAGACACAAUACAAAUUGUUCUACAAAAAUUUUGAAGGUCUACGUCAAAUAAUUAGGGCUGUAUCGUGAUUUCAACAGACAGACGGACAGGCAGGCGGACAGACAGACAGACGGACAUCGUUAAAUCGACUUAGAAUUGUAUGCUGAUUAUGAAUAUAUAUACUUUAUGGGGUCUACGAUGAAUAUUUAAGGAUGUUACAAACGGAAUGACAAAGUUAAUAUAUUAAUAAUUUCCAAGGUGGAGGGUAUAAUAAUAAAAAUUGAAAACCUAGAAAUUGUAGUUUGCCUAUGUUUUAAAUCCGAAUAACAAUUGCCGUUUGAAAAAAACAAUUAAAUUAUCUAAGAAUUACAAACCUAUAUAUGCAUAUAUUUUCAAUUACAAAACUGAACUCAAGUAAUACAACAACAACAAGAAAUAUAUCAAUACAACAGUAAUAACAAUAACAAAAGAGGUUAUAUAUUUUUUGUAACGGACAAAAGAAAAAGAUAUUUUCUUAACUCUUAUAUUUAUAGUUUAAAGAACUAAAACAAACAAACAAUUAUGGAAAUUUGCACCCACCCACCCAAAAGAAUAAAAA